CACCGAACAAAUAGUAUUUAAACGAGUAUUACAAGAAAAUAAAACCCGAUUAUACCGCUGGUACUAUCAUUGCCGAAGACAUUUUAGUUUCUUUCAGUUGUACCACCACAGUUGACGAUAUUUCUUGGGCUUACUGCUCACUUUCUUAGGGAGUGCACUGCAAGAUGUCGAAGUCGUUGGCAUGCAGGAGGUCGGCCUUGUAGCAACGACGGCCUUCCAAAGAUUAGAAAGUGCUAACUUUCUAAUCUCUGCUGCUGCAGAAGUGUGUGAUUUCGAGCGUAUUGUCGUUGAACAGUGAAAAUUUAGUAUUGUGUCUAUAAUAAGUGCCCUAUAUUUUUUAAUGGAAAACAAAAUAUUUCGAAUAUACGUAAAUUUGUGACACCCACUUUUUCAAGGUUCUAUAUUCGUAAAUCCUGUUGAGAUUGUGCCUGCAGAAUGGUAUCUCGACGAAGAAUUUUAUCAAGGUCGCGUGACAACCUCCAUAUGGACACUGUUUAUCAACCCCCUGAAGAAGAAGAGGAUGUUUGGUAUCAAAAGGACAAACUCUACAGAGACCACAUUCAAGAAGUUUUGAAUAAGUGGACUCAAAUCGACGACGAAAUAUGGGCUAAAGUCAUUGUUUUGGAAAGGAAUAGGAGAGUGGCAAAGGCUUAUGCAAGAGCUCCUGUUUUAACUGUGAAUGACUCUGAUGAUGGAUUUGACGGUUUUAGAAUAGGGUUGCUAGGAUUUGAAAACCCUAUGAGAGAUCCGAAAACAGAAGAAUUUAAGAGACAUAUAGGACACGGGGUUAAAAUAAAAAUGGACGAUGGAGGAAACAUUCUUAUAAAGAGGGUAUCCAAAUGCAACGUAUAUAUCAAAAAUACAGCCACAGACAAUGAAAAUGCGAUAGGAAACGAAGUUCUAAAACUUCCUAACUGUGCAUUAGAACCAGAAAAACCAGUAAAACUCUUCGAUAUGAAAAAAUUCCAGUCAAACGUUAACCGAGAGCUAAGAAGGGCUUAUCCAGAUCGUAGAAGAUUAGAGUGCCAAUGUUUAAGCGCGAUAGCUUUCGUAAAAGUCGAACCAGAACUACUAGAGUGUCCCAUUUGGGUUUUAAUUAUAAAUAUAGUAGCACUAGAUAUGUUAAAGUCUAAAUUACCACCAGUUCAAAGAGUUAUGGAUAUAAAGAACAGACCUAGAAUACCAAUUCCUGACGAAGAUCCGUAUAGCGUUGCCACUAAUGACAGCGGCCAUUUUAGUAACUAUCCAGUUGGUAGCGUAGCAGCUACUAGGGAGCAUCUACUAAUGCAAAGCCAAAGGAGGAGUGAGAAGCCUCCCAAAUUACCGCCCAGAGAGAAUAUGUACCCGCAUGAUAUCCCACAACCCGAUUACGAUGACUAUAUGUCUGGCAGACAGCUGAAGACGUUUACUGUAAGGGAUAAAGAACGGCAAAAUGAUGUUAAGAAAUUUGAAGAGGAUCCAUAUUACUGCGGAUUAAGAUCGAGACUACCCAAUGUCAACCAGCGAAGGAGUGAUAAGCCGCCAAAACUUCCUCCAAGAGAAAAUAUAAUGUAUUCUCAAGGUCCCCAGGAUAUCCCAUCUCCAGAUUAUGACGAUCACGUUUCUAAAAAUUGGUUAAAACCAUUUGGUUCUUCUAGAGGUAAAGGUAAAGAGAAAACUAAAGACGGCAAACAAUAUGAAGAUCCUUAUUAUUGCGGUUUAAGAGCUAGGGUUCCAAAUUUUGUGGCAAAAUUAAAGGGUAAAGAGUCUGGGCCUUUGAAAAGGUUUAGUGUUAGUCAAGGAUCACAACUUUUGAAAUGAACAAUUUGAAAUUAAAGUUUAAAAAAUUGUAUCAACAAAAUUGUAAAUAAGAAUUUUGAGAUAUUCUCUUUAGAAUUUUAACCGUUUUGUCAAAAAAAGUUAAUGCGAUUUAUGUUUCCUACAUAUCCCAAUCUAUAUAGGUAUUGGUAGGCAGUUCGUUUUUUUUUUUAAAUUCAGCUUCCCUGACGUAAUUUUAAGAUUAUUUUGAUAUGUCAAAUUGUUAUGGUAAGAAACGUGAGAAACUUAAAGUUGUCUAAAAAAUACGAUUUUAAGCUAUGACAUGACCAUCGAGUCACGGGACACCCUGUAUAUAGGUACAGAAUAUUCAACCUAAAAAAAAUAAGUUGUUGCAUGUUGCUACACUUUUUUGGAACUCCCUAUACAAGGUGACCCAUUAGUGCGUAAUUGUUCAAUAUUUCAAUUUAUGUUAUAGAAAGACAAACAAAUUUCAAAUAAAAUAUGGACUUAAAAAAAAUACAUUUAAAAAUAUAGUUGGAUAUAAGGGUAUUGCAUUUUUUCCUGGCAAAUAAAAAUUUAUAUUUUUAAAUUGAACACCCUGUAUUUUAUUUCAGUUUUGGGAUGGUUUGGUAAUACUGUAUGCAAUGUUAGAUUUUAUAGAUUUGUCAAACAAUAUUAUGAUAUUAGAGAAUGAUGCAGACUCCAAAAUAAAUUAUCAUAAUUUAGGUAGGUUUACAAUGAUUUAAAAAUUGGAUAAAAUACAGACUUAUAAGAUAGAAUUGGAAUAUUUUAUACAGA